CAAACACGGCAACCUUCUGCAGGAAGGAAGAGUGUGUGCAGUGUGCCGUGCCAGUGUGGGUUGCGGAGGAUGGAAGGUGCCGUGUAUCUGGACAGCAAUGCGACGACGCCACUUGCUGCUGAGGUGAAGGCGGCAGUUGUGGAGGCCAUGGACGUGGCGUGGGGAAAUCCAUCCAGCACAUACGCUGCUGGCCUCGCCGCCAAACAGAUGAUCAGCGAGAGUCGCAAGCAUACGGCGGACAUGAUUGGGGCGGACGCAAGCGAGAUUGUGUUUAUGAGUGGCGGCACGGAGAUCAACAACCAUGUCAUCCACACGGCGCUGGAGGCAUUCCACCGCUCCGGGCGAAGUGGCCUUCCACACAUCAUCACCUCCAACAUCGAGCACGACUCUGUGGAGAAGGUUCUGGCCGCGUUGGAGCACGGGAACAAAGCUGCCGUCACCCGAGUCAAGGCCGACAGCACCACGUAUGCUGUGCCAGUGGACGCUGUCUUGGCAGCGCUCACAGACAACACGUGCCUUGUCACCAUCAUGCUGGCCAACAAUGAGACUGGCGUGAUUCAGCCCGUGUCGGACAUCUUCCAGCACAUCCGACAAGACCCCAAGCACAGCCACAUCCUCCUCCACACAGAUGCCGCACAGGCCAUUGGCAAGAUACCCGUGCACGUUGACGCCUUGCGCGCUGAUUGCGUCACCCUCGUUGGUCACAAGUUUUAUGCGCCGCGCAUUGGUGCGGUGUAUGUGCGGCAACUCGGCAAAGAAGGCGGUGUGCCUUUCCAUGCCAUGCUCUACGGCGGAGGCCAGGAACGAAACUACCGGCCCGGUACAGAGAACACACCCAUGAUUGCUGGCUUUGGGGCGGCAUGCCAGCUCGUGUGUGACCACUUGCCUGAGUAUCUCGAUCACAUGCAGAGCAUGCGGGACCAUCUCCAUGCCCAGCUCAAGGCUGCGUUUGGCACGGAUGCCGUGAGGAUCAACGGCCCAGCAGACUCGCUGCACACCGCCGUCCUGCCCAACACCCUCAACUUCUCCAUCAUGUCUUCAGACCUGUCUGGGCGGGCCAUCCUGAAACAGCUGCCCUCCAUAUGCGCCUCUGUGGGCUCCGCCUGCCACUCAGAUUGCGGCGACAGACCAUCACAGAUUCUCAUGGCGUUGGGCAUCGACCACGAACAAGCACGCCGCGCCAUGCGCUGGUCCGUGGGUCGCGAUACCACAGAGGAGCAAAUCGAUGCUGCAGUGGCAAACCUAGCUCGGGUCCUGAAACAAUAGGAAUCACAACCACACAUGUGCUCAAAAUGAGUAAAAACAAUAUCAGCUCUCAAAGAGCAGUGGUG